CUCGCCGCCUAUAGUAUAAUAUCAAAGGUUGGCCAAUUCCGAUCGAGUCCUUUAUCAUAUCAACUCAAGUCUACUUUACCUGAAGCCUGAGCACUCUUCAUCGUCUUCAUUGCUACGCUGCUGGCAAGAUACGAGCGUUUCGACAACUCAUCCUACACAUUCACGAUGUCUUCCACCGGGUCUCAGUCCGCUGGAACGACCGGCAGCAAGAGACAGUAUGACCCUAACUUCACCCAGCUUGUCAUCGACACAAGCGGCCCUAAGACGAGCCCUCGCAUGAAGGAGGUUUUCUCCGCCGCAAUCAGGCAUCUCCACGACUUCGCCAGAGAGAUUGACCUUACACCAGAGGAGUGGUUGGCUGGUGUUAAGUUCUUCAACGAGACCGGCAAGAUCUGGGCAGACUCGAAUGGCAAGCGCAACGAGAUGCACAGACUGUCGGAUAUCACGGGACUUGAAUCGCUCGUUACUGAGAUUGCCAACUAUGUCAUGACCGACAACCCGAACUACGUUCCAACUUCCGCUGCCAUUCUCGGCCCCUUCUGGUCGCCCAAUGCUCCGUGGCGCCAGCUCGGCGACACCAUCAUCCAAGACCCGCACGAGGGUACCGUCACUUACAUGCAUGGUGUCAUCCGUGACCUCAAGACCCAGAAGCCGAUUCCCAAUGUUACAUUCGACAUGUGGCAAGCUAGCAGCAACGGCAAGUACGACUUCCAGGACCCAGACAACCAGAGCGACAACAACCUGCGCGGCAAGUACAAGACCGACGAGAACGGCGAGUACCGUCUUUACUGCCUCCGACCGACCGCGUACAGCUUGCCGCAAGACGGCCCAUCCUGGCAGCUUUUGCAGGCACUCGACCGUCACCCAAUGCGGCCCGCCCACAUCCACUUGAUGGUCACGCACCCAGACUACAAGCCAGUGAUCACGCAGAUCUACCCUAAGGACGACCCGUGGCUCGCAACCGAUACCGUGUUUGCGGUGAAGGAUGACUUGGUUGUUGACUUCACGCCGCUCAAGGGCAUCCCGUCAAGCAUGAAGGAGCACAAGGGUCCGGGUGGUGCGGCCACGAAGGAGUUGAACUUGGACAUCGUACUUGCGCCGAUUGGCAUGGCGACAUACUCGAAGCCCAACCUUUGAGCCUCGUUUAGAUGAACAAUAUGUUGGUUAGGACGCAUUUAUGUCAUUUAGCGACGUGUGUACAAAGCUUGCAUGACAAACCACAAGUAUUCGUGCAUGAAACUGCAAGCGCUCGUGUCCGAAGUCUCUUCCAUUUGUCUGCGUAUCGUGGUCUCGCACUCCAGCUGGCUGCUAGACAGCUCAUACGCUUCGAAGUAGAGACAAAGCAUGAGUACAAGUUGCGCACUUCUAAAACAAUCAUAUCACAACAUACCUUUCGUACGUCGUCAUCGCUAGCGGCAUCGAAAUCAUUUACAUCCACAGUCAUUGCUCCCACCCUUUUCCUGCUUGCCACCAAACGCCAGCC